UUCUUUAGGCUUUUUACUAUCACUUGCUCUGUAAACUUUCACUGAAGUUUUAAUCUGCAGUACAAAUAUGAAACUCACUUUCGUUGGAAUUUUGCAGACCAUUUGUCUUGUAACCGACAUUAGAGGAGAAGAUAAGAAAAAUAAUUGCACCAUGCCAACAAUUAAUAAUGGUUAUGCUCGUAUUAGAAGCAGAGGUCGUCUUGUCAGGUUUUUCUGUAAGAAAAGAUUCAAACUUCAUGGGACAGAAGUGUCAUACUGUAGAAAUGGAGAAUGGAUUUUUCCAACGCCUGUGUGCAUUGAUGAAGAACCAAAGAAAUCAUGUAAUUUUGAGAAAGCUGAUUUAUGCAGUUGGGUACAAGAUAAAUCGGACACAACAAACUUUGACUGGAUACGAACUAAUGCAGUUCAGCUAAUGCUUUCUAAUAGAACCGGACCAAACUCAGAUCACACGUACCCAAACACAAAUACAGGUCACUAUUUUUUAAUGGAGGCAUCCAUUCCCAGAGAGCCAGGAGAUUACACUACUCUCUUUUCACCAUAUUACAGUCCAGUAGAAGCUGGACUCUGUUUUGAAUUCUGGUAUCACAUGCAUGGACGAGAUGGAGAAGGAAAUUUACGUUCAUUGCACAUUGGAAUAAAAGAUACUGACGCAGAUUUUCCGAAUUUUCACUCUCUGUGGAAUAUUUCUGGUAACCAAGGGACCAACUGGCAAAAAGGAUCGUUCGAAAUCGGGGAAAGGGCAUCCUUCUUCCAGAUUGUAAUUACCGGUACUCGAGGUGAAGACCACCAAGGAAAUAUAGCAAUUGAUGACGUCUCUAUCACUAAUUGUACUAGAGUAUCAACAAUUUCUGCGUGUAAAGAUGGUCAACAAAUUAUGCUCCAGCCUUACAUGGGAGAAACUGUUGCUUUUCCUAAGAAUUAUCCAUUGAAAAAAGGAUAUGAAGCUAAUUUAAAGUGCACUUGGAACAUCAAUGCAAUUGAAGGAUAUGAAAUAGUUGUUUAUCCUCAAUGGGCUUGCGAAUCUGAGGCAUCUGUCCAUCUAUAUUACGAUUCAAAAGAUUUAACAAAAAGAAAUGAAUGUGUCAGAUGUCCAAAUUCAAAUGGAUAUUGUCGUGAAUUUAUACAAACAGGAUCCUCGGAAGUUCUGUUGAAAUUCAUGACGUAUUCGCCCUAUACGGAAGGUGGCUUUCAGUUUCGUUUCAUGGCUGUUGAAAAAAAUAGAAUUAAUACCUGUGACUCUAGCAAUAAAACUCUACUGGCGGAAUCAACACCCCAAUACAUCAUAUCUCCGGGAUUUCCGUCUGCAUAUCCAAGUAAUUUACAAUGCUCUUGGUCAGUGGAGUCUGCUCUAAAGAAGGAUAACAUUCGAUUGGUUUUUGAGUUCCGGUCUCAGAAUAUAGAAGAAGGCUAUGAUGGAUGCGCUGAUUACGUAAAGAUAAAUGGUCUAGAAAAUUUUUGUGAAGAAUGGGAUAAAUACAUUUUACGGACGUCCGACAGAAUUAUUUUAAAUAAUACAACGACAGAGGUGCGGUUUGUAAGCGAUUUUGGAUAUGCUGGCAGUGGUUUUGUUUUGGCUUUUUACUUUGAAGACAUAGUGAAAUCUUGCUACUGUCAGCAUGGAGGUACCUGCUCAAAUUCUACAUGUCUUUGUCCACGUGGUUAUAAAGGCGGUUAUUGCGAGACAGAUAUAGACGAGUGUGAGGAGCCUGCAAUUUGUCAUCAUAAAUGUGAAAAUACUCAAGGAAGUUAUAUAUGCAGCUGUAUGAAUGGUUACAAACUUAUUAACGAGAGAGAUUGCCAGGAUAUAGACGAAUGUGCAUCUGCUGAUCAUGACUGUGACCAAUGUUACAAUUUUCCAGGAGCUUUCCAAUGUUUGUGUAGCGAAGGAUACCGCCUAAACGCAACAACGAAAAUGGGGUGCUACAAUAUCGAUGAAUGCUUUGAACACAUUGACGAUUGCUCAGAAAACGCGCUUUGUAUCGAUACAGACGGAAGUUUCAACUGUAGCUUUUUGAGCGGAUUCAAAGGCAAUGGAUUAACAUGUACAGAGAUACCGAUAUAUUUCAUCCUGGGAGUUAGCAUACCUCUCCUCAUUACCAUCAUAAUGAUGGCCAUUAUCUGUGUAUGUAAUCAAAAGAUCUCCAAGAAGGAACACAAAUCGAACAGGAGGACUGACUUUAACAGAAAGGAUCAAUUUCCCAAAUCCAAAAAGGACAAGAAUUCUAAAUACAAAAUCAAGAUACUGUAUUGAAAUGAAUUCUAGAAGCUGAGAGAUUCAUUAGUGAUGUGUCCGAUGUUUCUCCUGUAGUGGAAACAGGACAUUAGGAACCGUUUUAAAAGAAAAACACUUAUAUCAAAGAGAGGAUAUAAAAUAUUUAGUAUUAUUUUUAUGGAAAAGGAAGUUAUUUUACGAUUUUGAUACAAUUUUUAAAAAAAUGUUAAAAUAUCACAAAUUUCUGUUUAACUUUAU